AUGCAGCGCGUGUGGUGCGCCAUUGUCGGCUGCCCACAGCGCGAAAAGCGUGGUGGGGUCACGCCAGACGGACAGGCUCUCCCAGACUGGCUCUCAUGGUCGACUCAUCCCGUUGGGUUCGGGGUGGGCAUAUGGUGGCUCGACAAGACCACCGCGGACCUCGACGUCGGCCUCUACGAGCACGACCAGUCCUUCAACCUCGCAGACCUCGUCGAGCGCAGCCACAACAGCCUCGUCCUCAGGUACUGCCUCCCUGGGGUCCUCGUCGUCCCUCACCGCCACCGCCUCCGCCUCCCUGUCUUCCUCAUCUGUCUCGUCGACAUCAAGUCGAAGCUCGAGUACAGGGACAUCGAGUGCGUAGAUCGUCGGCCGGCCACCAAUCGAUGCUGA